AUGACCAGCAAUGAAGACCUGGAAAGUACCCUAGAUAAGUGGCAGGAAUCCGUAUCAUCUGUGAGCAAUAUCCGUCGUAUUCAGCACCUGACCGUCGCCUCUGCCCUGGGCCUCAGUACCAUUGAGAAUAUCGGUUUCAUGUACGCCGCAGUACAGGCAAACCAAGAGCUCGCCUUGACCUUGUUUGAGCGCCUCGACAUCCGCUCUCCCGCGCACGACACGGGCGGAUUGCUGAUCGGCGUCAACGCUGCCCGUCGGGAUCUCCGCCAGGAGACUGUCAGCCCAUCUUCUUCCGUGGGACCCUUCGACUUCAUGUUGUUUGCCAUCAGCGCCCUAAACGGAAAUUCGUUCUCGGUCGUUCCGGGCCUGACCGCGGCUAUUCAAGGGGCCCUUGCCAUCGUCACCCAGAGGAAGUUUGUGAAUUGGCGGACUCAUGAAGUAUGCUAUGCUCACAAAAACCUUCCAGAAGCAUCCGCCGGUUUGCGGCAAUAAUAGAGGAUAGUCAACGUACAUGGGUGUGCAUCGAGAUACCGCAUCAUCGAUUUUCACUCCAACUACAGGCAGUAAUACCACAUCAUGCCCUAUGAAGCGAGAGCCUAGCUUAUAAAAAGGUAAUAGCAUACAUUCCCAGUUGUUAGUUUCCUCUCCUCCCAGGCCUCGAUCUACUCUAAAUAGCAAAUCCAUGUGGUAUCAUAUAUCUGGCAUAGUUUCGGGUGCUAAUAUGUGAUCCCCUUUGAGCAAAGCUCAUGCAGGCCUGUUACGCCAGCUGAGGAGUUCCCGAAGCACUCC